GGCGCUCGGCCGUGGAGGCGGGGCCGGUUGUGCGCGGGUGGAGCGCGGGGAGCCCGAGCAGCCACCCGCCCCGCCACCCACUGGCCCGGCCACCCUCCCGGCCGCCAGCCGGGCACGGGGAGAGCGGCCGGCCUGCGCCCGCCGCGGAGCGGCCCCGGGCCACCCGAGAGGCCGGCCGGCUGCGUCCCCAGCGGCCGCACCUGAGUUGGCUGCGCGAAACUUUUCCUUGCGCGCCUUGGUGCGCCCUCCCGGCCCCGCCGCCUGCGGGAGCGAAGUGGGGAAGAGGCCCGCGGCUCCUCCCCACCCCCGCCUCCCGUCGGGGCACAGCCGGGCGCGGCGGUGGGGCCGGGCCCCGGGCGAUGGCCACGGAGCUGGCGAUGGGCGCCGAGCUGCCCAGCAGCCCGCUGGCCAUCGAAUACGUCAACGACUUCGACCUGAUGAAGUUCGAGGUGAAGAAGGAGCCGCCCGAGGCUGAGCGCUUCUGCCACCGCUUACCGCCCGGCUCGCUGUCCUCGACGCCGCUCAGCACACCCUGCUCGUCGGUUCCCUCCUCGCCCAGCUUCUGCGCACCCAGCCCGGGCACCGGCGGCGGCGGCGUGGGCGGCAGCGCGGCGCAGGCCGGGGGAGCCCCGGGGCCGACGAGCGGGGGCCCUGGCGCCGUCGGGGGCGCCUCGGGAAAGGCAGCGCUGGAGGAUCUGUACUGGAUGGGCGGCUACCAGCACCACCUGAACCCCGAGGCGCUCAACCUGACGCCUGAGGACGCGGUGGAGGCGCUCAUUGGCAGCGGCCACCACGCCGGGCACCAUGGCGCGCACCACCCCGCGGCCUACGAGGCCUUCCGGGGCCAGGGCUUCGGCGGUGGCGGCGCGGACGACAUGGGCGCCGGCCAUCACCACGGCGCGCACCACAGUGCCCACCACCACCACGCCGCACACCACCACCACCACCACCACCCCGGCGCGGGCCACGGUGGCGGCGGCGCGGGCCACCACGUGCGCCUGGAGGAGCGCUUCUCCGACGACCAGCUGGUGUCCAUGUCGGUGCGCGAGCUGAACCGGCAGCUCCGCGGCUUUAGUAAGGAGGAGGUCAUCAGGCUGAAGCAGAAGCGGCGCACGCUCAAGAAUCGCGGCUACGCGCAGUCGUGCCGCUUCAAGCGGGUGCAGCAGCGGCACAUUCUGGAGAGCGAGAAGUGCCAGCUCCAGAGCCAGGUGGAGCAGCUGAAGCUGGAGGUGGGGCGCCUGGCCAAGGAGCGGGACCUGUACAAGGAGAAAUACGAGAAGCUGGCGGGCCGGGGUGGCCCCGGGGGCACGGGCGGGGCCGGCUUUUCGCGGGAGUCCUCGCCGCCGCAGGCCGGCCCCGGCGGGGCCAAGGGCGCGCCCGACUUCUUCCUGUGAGCGCCGCACCCCGGGCCUACGCGGCCGCCGGGAAGAGCCUCGGGCUACGCGGCCCGGGACGAGGACGCAAGGCCGGCAGAGCCGCCGCCUCGGGCCGGGCCCGGUGCGCCCCGUGCCUUGCGCCCCGCUGCAACGUCCACUGCCGCCUUCCCGGGCGCCACGACUGCCGUGCGUACGCGGCGCGGCGACUUCAGCGAAGUCGAGCCAGGUCGAACUUCCUUCCGGGCGUCCCCUGUACAGAUGCCGCUCGCGGCUUCCCGCCCCUACCUGCCCCUGCCCGCCGAGAGGGGCCGCGGCGCCGUCCCUCGCUCCCGGGCACCCUGUGCGCCCCGCCGUCCUUCGUUUUCUUUCUUUUUGCCGUCCUUUCUUGCCCUUUUUUACUUCUUUUUAAAGCGGUCUUUUUUCGAAGUAUUAAUAUUUAUUUUGCUCGAUCAGAAAAGCCCCGGGUCGCCCUCGGACGUCUGCGUG